AUGAGCUUGUCAAAAUCAGAGCGAGAGUCUAUUAUAUUAAAUGACGCAAGAGGAAUACAACAUCCUUUCUAUUAUGUAAGUCAGAGUAAAGAUGGUAAAAUAUACGUAAGAAAAAGAAAGGUUCCAUUAGCGAAUGCAGAAAGCGACAACAUUAAGGUGCAUGGCACCGAGGGCGAAAAGUCAAUAGAACCAGAAGAAAAGAAGCCAGAUGUACUUUCAAUAACGAAUCAAGAGCUUAUUGCAAAGUUCGUGAAUUUCAUUGAAAAACAAACCGAGUCACAGAAUCCUGACCCACCAGUGAAAGAAGUUGAGACAAAAGAGAAUAUACAGUUCAUUGAAAAUGUCAAGAAACAACUUCCACCACGAAUGCCAAGAAGAAGAGUGAGAAUAAUGAAGUAA